CUCUGGUGCUCAGUGAACUCAAAUAAAGAAAAGUGUCAUGACGGACCGUACAUUUAUGACAGUAACUCUACUGCUGAUUCAGGAGACUUUAAGUAUGUUGGGAACAAAACAUCAAACUGUACUUUAUUAAUCAGUAAUGUACAGUUCAGUCACUCUGGAGAGUAUAGAUUCAGAUUUAUAACUAAUGACAGCUGGACAGGUGACCCUGGAGUGACUCUUACAGUGGCAGUUCUGCAGGUGUCGAUGAUCAGACUGUCUGGAAACGGGACUCUAAAGGAAGGAGACUCUGUAGAUCUGACUUGUGCUGUGAACUGCAGUCUCAGCUCUCCACAGUUUGUGUGGUUUAAGAACAGAGAGCGUUUACCUGAAUCAGGCUCUGUUCUUCACCUUCCUGCUCUGACUGUGUGGAACUCUGGGAAUUAUUCCUGCGCCUUGAAGAACUACGAGGCCGUCACAUCUGAAAUGAUCAGCCUUGAUGUUGAAGGUUUCACAGUUUUGUACAUGGUUUCGAUUGUCCUUGGAGUAAUUCUGUUCAUACUACUCGUGGCAAUCUUAGUCGUAGUUUGCAAAAGGAGGAAGAAGGCAAAAGCUCCAGAAGAAGACAGUAGAGGAGGUGGCGGGAAAACCCAGAUUGGUGAAAGAACGCAUGAUAAACAAACGGAGCUUCAGGAUAACCAAGGUAAUAAGGCUGCUGAAGCCCCGCUGCAGGAGAACGAAGUGACGUAUGCCUCUGUGUGCAAUAAACCUAAUAAACCAAAAGAAAGGAAGGAAAAAGCUCAAGAAGAAGAAGACAACAGCCGAAGUGACUGGAAAAGCCAGGGCGAAGACGUGACGUACGCUUCUGUGUCCAUCCAAUCCACGAAACCUAAAAAAGGACCCGUCGACCCUGUCCACCCUGUCCACCCUGUCCAAGACGAUUCAGUUAUCUACAGCGCAGUGAACACAAACUGAUCACAGCUCCACACGUCAUGUAACCACAAAGCGUUUGGGCUUAUUUGGAUAUCUUUAUAAAAUCGCUUGCUGUGAAACCUCAGCUGUGAACCACUAGGCAGAAAAUGUA